CUAUGCUCCCACACUAAGCAUCGUACCGCCGCCUGUCCAAAGCUGUCAUUGCUCAAGCUCUGUGCUCUUCGCGAAGUCGCUCUCUGCUGUCUCCAUGCACGCCUCCAGCCGCAUUGGCUCCUCCACGGGCUCUCUGGGCUCCAGCUCCACUGUAGCCACUUCGGGCUUCAAGGCGCCGCCCACCUCCGUCGAGCGGGUACAAGUAGCCAUUAUUGGAGCUCUACCAUGAAGAUGAGCUAAUCAUUCUUUUAUUAUGUUCUUAUUUUCUUAUUUGGUCCAGAUGAUGACGGUAGCCGCCACCCAGAUGAGCUGUGGCAACCCCGAGGAGAACAUCAAGAAGGCGGAGUCCCUCGUGCGCAUUGCUAGCUCCCGUGGAGCGCAGGUUAUUCUACUACAGGAGCUGUUCCAGUUUUCGUACUUCCCUAUUGAGCUCAAUGCCGGCAACUUCCAGUUGGCUACAACGCUGGAAGAGUCUGCACUGGUACAGGGUAUGGCGUUGCUGGCUAAGGAGCUGCACGUGGUGAUCCCCAUCAGCUUCUUCGAGCGAUACAGGAACUCGUACUACAACUCGUGCGCUGUGAUCGACGCCGACGGAACGGUGUUGGGCGUUGCGCGCAAGAUGCACAUCGGAGACCGUCUUGGCUACAACGAGAAAUACUACUUCACGCCGUCUGACGACUCGUUCAAAGUCUGGAACACGCGUUACGGUAAGAUUGGUGUAGCCAUCGGCUCGGACCAGUGGUAUCCCGAAGUGGCACGCAGUUUGGUAGUGCAGGGCGCCGAGUUGCUACUGUAUCCAAGUGCUAUGGGCAGCAACCACUACGACCCCAACUUUGAUCCACGUGAUCAGUGGCAACGUGUGAUGCAGGGCCAUGCAGCGGCGAGUAUGGUGCCCGUUAUCUGCUCCAACCGCGUGGGUACUGAAGUCGUGGACGGUAUCCAGGUUACAUUCGUUGGCUCCUCGUUCAUCACAGGCCAGACUGGUGAAAUGCUUAAGAUUGCCGACCGUGAGUCGGAAGGUGUGCUUGUGGAGAGCUUCGACCUCGAGAAAUUCCACGUGAGACGAGCCAGUUGGGGUCUUGUUCGUGACCGCAGACCCAACAUGUAUGGAACACUCAUUACGCGUGAUGGACCUCAGUGAUACUCUUCAGCAUCGUGUUAUCAAAGAGAAUGGAGCUCAAUGGAGCCAUAUCGUAGAGUGCAUGUGCUGUGAUGGCUAAAUGUAGCCAUGUUCAAAAACUGACGUUGGUUCACAAGUUAUUUAUAACGUGGUUGAAAUGGC